AUGGGAUCUCUUCGAACUUUCAUCAAGGAUGUUCGAGCGGCCAAAACUUUGGCGGAAGAAAGGGCAAUUGUAACGAAAGAAUCGGCAAGAAUCCGUACCAAACUCAAAGACGACCACUUAGCAUCAGACAAAAAAAGGAAGAAUAUCCACAAGCUUCUGUAUUUACACAUUUUAGGUGAGAAAACGCACUUUGCUCAAGUUGAAUGCAUCAAUCUCAUCGCUUCGGAUGAUUUCCGUAACAAAAGGCUUGGCUAUUUGGCUGCAAUGAUAUUGCUGGACGAACAUCAAGAGAUCUUGACGCUGCUUACAAACAUGCUGAACAACGAUCUCAACAAUCCGAAUCGAUACGUGGUUUCCAUGGCUCUAUCAACACUGGGAUCGCUCACAUCGCCAGAACUCGCUCGCGAUCUGUAUCCUGACGUUGAAAACAUUUUGGCACGUUCCUCGGACGAAUUUUUGGUGAAAAAAGCGCUACAAUGUGCUGCUAAACUUGUCGAGAGAGACGUCACUUUAUUGGAAAUUUUCUUUCCCUAUGUGGGGACAAUUUUGAGAUCGUCCCAGCUAAGCACUCAUGGGACCCUGUUGGGUGUGGCUAAGCUUUGUCAGGCUGCGGUUCUCUGCCGAUCGGACUACGAAUACGACAACUAUCCUGAGAUCUUACUAUCCAUUGUGGACCAAAUCCCACAGCUGUUCUCAGUUCUUCAAGACAUAAAUUCUACCAGUUUCAGUCCCGAGUAUGACGUUAGUGGAACAUGCGAUCCCUUUUUGCAAGUCGAGCUCCUCUACACACUACGUUUGUUGUUCGAAAAUGCGCCUCAAGAAACCGCCCAGUACAAGAAUAAAUUGAGCGACAUGCUCACCAAAAUUGCCACAAAUUCCGAUGGCUCUAAAAAUUCAGCACACGCAGUGCUCUACGAGUGCGUCCGCACAAUUUUUGCGCUUCAGCUCGACCCUUCAUUAAUAGUCCUCGGCGUGAAUGUGCUUGCUAAAUUCCUGUCAGGAAAAGAUAACAACACCAAGUAUGUUGCCCUUAACACAUUACUUCAAGUUGUUCCUCAAGAGCCGAUGGCAGUUCAAAAGCAUCGAAAAUUUAUUUCAAGAUGCUUGUUCGAUCCCGACAUCUCAAUUCGGAUUAGAGCAGUAGAUCUCAGUUUUGCUAUACUGAACGAGUCGAACUUGAAAGAAGUUGUCAACGAGCUUGUUGCUUUCCUAAAGCUAUCGGGAGAGCAGGAUAGGGAUCUCAUUAUCAACAUUGUUGAUCAGCUUAUCAAUAAAUUCGAUCUAUAUGCACUUGAAGGUGAUCUCUGGGCAAUUGAGAUAAUGGUUGAAAUUGUUAAGAUUGUCGGUCAACACAUUUCCUUCGAAAAAGUGAGCGAUGUUAUGGUGAUGAUCAAUAACUCUCAAGUUUUGGGUCAAAAAAUGCAACUCAUCAAAGAGAUGAUAGAACUUUCUUUGGGCAAGCGGAAUGAAGCUCUAGACGGUGAGAACUUGGGAUGGAGGCUUCUGAGCGUAUGGUGCAUAGGUGAAUACGGAGACGUUUUGCUGCAGAAGAAUAUGUUCCUUGAUACAGAGUUGACAAACUUUUUGGGUCUGCUCAAUGGGAUAUAUUCUGCAAAUACCAAGCUUAUCAGUUACAUCUUAACCGCUGCUUUGAAAUUGUCAUCGAAGAUCCAGAAUUCGUCUUGCAUCGAGGACUUACGUCAGUUGAUAGAGGGACACACCAAGGACACGAAUCUAUUACUGCAAUCCAAAAGUGUUCAAUACUCCGUAAUUUUAAAUCAACCGGCCAGUCAAAGACAUGAUAUAUUGGGGGCAAUGCCGCUUUUCGAAAAAAGCUCGAAGAAUGGUAACGUUUCUCAGAGCGAGAAGCCGAAAUCCAAACCAGAGAGUCAAAAUGUUCUGCUGGAUCUUUUGGAAGGCACGUCUGGCACUACAGAUAAAAACGAUUCUCAAGCCUUGCUUGAUAUUUUUGGCAAUAUGCCGCAAGAAGGUGCUACUGCUGAUAGCAAAACGUCAUCGAGUUCUGCCGCCCGCAUUAGUGUCCCCGAAGAUGCCAUUCAAACUUACCAGUCGAACGAAAUACAGGUAUUUUUCAGAACCGUUAACGUGGUACCUGCGGAAGCGCGAUUGGAACUAUAUAUCGAAGGACACGCUGAAAUCAAGAAUUUGCAGAUCUUGGCUGCAGUUUCGAAGACGCAAAAACUUACAAUGGGUCAUUUGUCCAGCGCCUCGAUCAGCGCAGGCCAGGUUUGUCAACAAGACAUCAAAGUGAGUGGAUCAGGGAAACUCAAAUUGAGGAUAAAGCUAGUGUACGAGGGAUCAUCCGGUACUGUCACCGAACAGUUUGACCACAAGUUUGAUCAGAGUUUGUAA